CUCAUUAAUCCUUUUUUUUUUUUUUUUUUUUUUUUUUUCUAUCAUAAGAAUGAAGAUUUCAUUUUUAAGUCAUAUUUCUUUAUUAGCCAAUUGCAGUCCCAUUUGAUGGAUACAGAUUAGCAGCAGCCUGCAAUUUGUGUAGCUGCUCUACUUUUUCUCCUUCUCUUUUUCUACAGAAUCAGUUAUAGCUUCUUGGUUGUAAGAAAGGUACCGUAACAUUGUUAAUUCUGCUAUCACUUCCUGUCUGUAAUACUACUAUCCAGCAACAUUUGUGUGUGAAAAAAUCCGACUUCCAGGAUCUCUUGGGUUCUUGAUGUUUUGUUUUUGUGGUUUUAGAGUCGUGGGAUGUCCUUCUUCAAAGUUGAAAUUUGUGCAGUGAGUUUUAUGAGUUGAUUCUUCCAAUCCUUGUUUGCUUUGGGGUAAUUCACUUGAAUAAAAUCCUUGUCAUGGGAAAGUGGGGUUUCCUGUCCAAUUCUGUUGUGUGUUUGUGUAUUGUGUUUUUGCUGAAAACAUGCACUGCCAGUGUUCGAAAUAUUGGGAAAUUGAGUCCAGGAUUUAGAGGAUCUCAAAUGCUGUGGAUAGACAAUGAUGGGUUGUUUCUCUUGUCCAAUAACUCCAAUUUUGCUUUUGGUUUCACCACUACCAAAGAUGUUACCCUGUUUCUGCUUGUUGUGAUUCACAAGAGCAGCUCGACUGUAGUUUGGACUGCCAACAGAGGCUCCCCAGUUCACAACUCGGAUCACUUUGCCUUUGAUAACAACGGCAAUGCAUACUUAGAGAAAGGGGGAUCCACGAUUUGGUCGACCGGCACUGCUAACAAAGGAGUUUCUGCUAUGGAAUUGCUGGAUUCUGGAAAUCUUGUUUUGCUCGGGAAUGAUGGCAGCAUAGUGUGGCAGACUUUUAGCCAUCCAACAAAUACCCUUCUGUCAAACCAGGAAUUCUCUCAAGGCAUGAAACUCGUUAGCGAUCCUGGCUCCAAUAACUUGACCUAUUCCCUUGAGAUUAAGUCUGGGGAUAUGCUUCUUUCCGCAGGUUUCCAGCCCCCGCAGCCAUACUGGUCUAUGAGAAGAGACACCCGAAUAACCAUCAAUAAAGGUGGUGGCGAUGUAACUUCUGCAGUUCUUAGUGCAAACUCUUGGAAAUUCUUCGAUCCAAAUAAGGUCUUGCUAUGGCAGUUCAUUUUCUCAGAUGUUAGCAAUGCAAAUGCAACUUGGGUGGCCGUGUUAGGAGAUGAUGGCUUCAUCACUUUUACUAUGCUCCAACAAGAUUCGUCCAAUCCCACCUCGACAAGAAUACCUGUAGAUCAGUGUAGUAGGCCUGCAGCUUGUGAUCCAUACUUUAUAUGUUAUCCAGGCAACAUGUGCCAGUGUCCAUCUACUCUUCCCUCUUGCAAGUCAGUGGCUCUCCCCCCAUGCGAUAACUCAAUGGGUUCUGUGGACCUUGUGAGUGGUGGUGAUGGCCUUAGUUAUUUCGCGCUUGAUUUUGUUCCACCAAUCUCUAACACAACUUUAGAUGGCUGCAAAGCUUCUUGCCUAAAGAAUUGUUCCUGCGCUGCAAUGUUCUUCCAGAGCAGUUCAGGGAAUUGCUUUCUCUUUAAUGAGAUAGGCAGUAUGGAAGGAUCCCAUGAUGGGGCUGACUACACUUCCUAUAUCAAAAUCUCGACAAGUGGAGACAGUGGGGGAAACAGUGGAGGCAGUGGCAAUAAACACUUUCCAGUAGUCAUUGUCAUUGUAAUUAUAACAGUCAUUGUUAUACUAGGUCUGCUUUUUACGGGAUUUCAUUUAUACCGAAAGAACAAGAAAGUGCCAGACACUUCUAAAGAGAGUUCAGAAGAGGAUAAUUUCUUGGAAGGUUUAUCUGGGAUGCCAAUCCGUUUCUGCUACAAAGAUCUCCAGACGGCAACAAAUAACUUCACCGUGAAACUUGGCCAAGGGGGGUUUGGUUCAGUUUAUCAAGGUACUCUUCCUGAUGGCACCAGGGUGGCUGUGAAGAAAUUGGAAGGUAUCGGUCAGGGUAAGAAAGAAUUUCGUGCUGAAGUAAGCAUCAUAGGCAGCAUCCAUCAUCUUCAUCUGGUGAGGCUCAAAGGCUUCUGUGCAGAAGGAAGCCACCGGCUUCUUGCAUAUGAGUACAUGGCGAACGGAUCAUUAGAUAAAUGGCUUUUCAGGAAAGGCAAAGGCGAGUUCUUAUUGGAUUGGGACACGAGAUACAAUAUCGCUGUGGCUACGGCCAAAGGACUAGCUUAUCUCCAUGAGGACUGUGAUGUAAAGAUAGUUCAUUGUGACAUAAAGCCUGAGAACGUGCUUCUUGAUGAUCACUUUAUGGCCAAAGUAUCGGAUUUUGGCCUGGCCAAGCUCAUGAAUAGAGAACAAAGCCAUGUUUUCACGACGUUAAGGGGCACCAGAGGGUACCUUGCACCAGAAUGGAUCACCAACUAUGCCAUAUCUGAGAAGAGUGAUGUUUAUAGCUACGGGAUGGUAUUGCUUGAAUUACUCGGUGGUCGGAAAAAUUAUGAUGCUGCAGAAAGUUCUGAGAAGUCCCACUUUCCGUCAUAUGCCUUCAAAAUGUUGGAAGAAGGGAAGUUGAAGGACAUCAUUGAUGCCAAAUUGAAGAUAGAUGAAGAGGAUGAAAGGGUGGCUAUAGCAAUCAAGGUUGCUUUGUGGUGCAUACAGGAUGAUAUGCAUCUGCGGCCACCAAUGACUAGAGUAGUGCAAAUGCUUGAAGGGCUGAGUCCCGUCCCGCCACCUCCCACAGCUUCUCAACUCGGGUCACGUCUUUACUCAAGUUUCUUUAAGUCAAUCAGCGAAGAGGGAACUUCCUCAGGGCCAUCGGAUUGUAACAGCGAUGCAUAUCUCUCUGCAGUUCGCCUUUCUGGUCCAAGAUAACAGUUGCUGGCAAUAAAAAAAAGUGUUCCGGUAGGAUUGUAGGCCUUUGCAGAUGAGUAGAUCACAUGUAAACCGGUGUCCCCUUCGUGUAAUUUUUGUGGGUUGUAUUCUGUAAAGUUCUUAGAUUAAUAGCAGAAAUUUUGGAACACGAGUUAUGAUGAUGCUAAUGCUGCAGUUGUAUUCUUGAUCUGUAAAUUAAUGGUCUGAAUGAUAAAAAAGAAGUUGAUGUUUUUCAA